AUGCCUUUGCUGCUGUCGAAGCGUCGGAGCAUGCAGCACCUCACGCCCGCCAAACCCCCCGACAGUAGCAGCAGGCAUCACCACGACACCGCAUCCUUGAGGCCCAAGAGCGCCAGCAAUUUGGCGCCUGCCGACCCAAAUAUCGACCACAGGCCCGUGAGCGAACAUGGCCCUUCGUCACGUUCCAUUUCGCGCCUCUCGCACGAGCUCCACCCGGACGACAUCCCUGACGACCCGCCAAAUCACCACCAUGCCGCUCCCCAGCCCAAGCGAUUCAGCCUCAUGAACCUGCGCCGCAAUUUCAGUGAAAGUCACCUCGCUGCCAGGGCUCGAAUGGACGACCAGCCGAUCCAAGAGGAGCUGCCGCCCAUACCAGCGGUGACGGCAGAGGGCGUGGUGCCGACCAUUGUCAAGACAGCACCCACCAUGGACCAUGCAGCAGAUGCACCGGCGCAACAUGUCGAGGUGGAGGAGCAGAGAACGCCGCGCCCAGGCCUGUUCAAGAGGGGGUCAUCUAGAGGUCGCGUGUCGCCUCACAAGGAUCCCAGGAAGAGCAGCGACGAGAAGAGGGCCGAAAAGAAGAGCAGUACGUCUUUGCGAUGGAGGAGAGGGAAGAACAGUGGGCUUGAAGACUUGCAUCGCAUGUCCACCUACCACAUCCAGAACCAGUCCAACCAGAAUCAGUCGGCGCCUCCCUCAUACGGCGACGAAUCCAACUCUGCACUUGCUGUUCCCGUAGGUCAGCUGGCUGACCCUCGCUUUUCAGAAUCGUCCCGCUCAGAUGGCAGCAACGGCAGUUCUGGGGACGGCCACAUCUACGGCUCAACAACCACCACGACGCAUACCGUAUCCACGCAUACUACCUUCUUCAGACUACCCCGGCGCAAUAAGAACCGCAACUCGCUAUUCCCCCUGCCAGUGAAGCUUCCACCUCCCGAGCAAUCGCAGCAGCAAGCCCAACAAAGCCCGGCGACACCACGCGCAUCUACACAAUCCAAUAGGCCUGAGGAGCAGGGCACGCCGACGAAUGAGCAGGGGCCUCAGGGCACGUUACAAAGACGGCAUACCGCAACAAGCCCCGUUAAGUUUCGAGGCCAUUCGCAAUCAGCCCCUUCACCAAAUGCUGCGUUGGCGAAGAGCUCGCUAUCUUUUGCAGAGCCUGGCAUGAAUCUGUUCCGCGCCAGCUCAGAACGAUCGCUGAAUUCCUGCACGUCGUCACCACUGCAGCCGCCAAUGCGGCGAGGCACGCGCGGCAGAUCGUCCACCAACAGCUCAUGGAGAAGUUCCCACGAUGUCGAGACACCCCCAGCCCUUUCGGCCAGCGGGAGGAAUUCCACAUCCACGACCGGAAGAUCGAGCUUUGGUGGAUUCCUUACACUGUCGCGCUUUCGCCAGGGUUCUGAACCUCAUUCUCCUCGUCAUGGAUCUCCUGGAACCAACAGCAAGUCCAAUUCGUUUGCCAUUAGUCGUGAGGCGCUCGUGAUACCGGAACGAGAAGAAGGCGACACCCCUGGCAAGUACCUGGAGCGACUGGAAUCGGCAGUGUCUCGUAGUGUGAUUGCUGGCAUUCUUUCCAAGUCUGGAGAUUCUUUUGCGAUCGCAGUGCUCAGAAGCUAUACCAGAAGAUUCGCCUUCUUUGGCGAACCGAUAGACAUGUCUUUGAGAAAGUUCCUGCUGGAAGCCGAGCUGCCCAAGGAGACCCAACAGGUGGAUCGCGUGAUCCAGGCCUUUGCAGAUCGGUACCACGAGUGCAACCCUGGCGUCUUCCUCAACUCAGAUCAGGCUUAUGUUAUUGCGUUCUCCAUCAUGAUGCUGCAUACGGACGCCUUCAACAAGAACAACAAGCACAAGAUGCAGAAGCAGGACUACAUCAAGAACACUUCUGGCCAAGGGCUCUCCGACGAUAUAUUGAGUUGCUUCUUCGACAACAUCUGCUAUACUCCCUUCAUACACUUUGACGAGGACGUCGAUAUCAACGGGCAGAAAGUUCUGCCGUUCAAGCCGAAGAAGUCAGGCCACAAACUCAAGACGGCCAUCCCUGGCGCAGAUGUGGUGACCAAGAAACCUUCAGGACCGCUCGAUCCCUACAAUCUCUUGGUAGAGUCGAAGCUUGACACUCUCAGACCAGCUUUAAAGGACACCAUUCUUCUCGAUGAUCCGUACGACUACCGUGGAAGCCAGGGUGACCUGGAUGCGCAAUACCUUAAUAGGGCAUUCACGCAUACGGGCAUUCUCCAAAUCGUUUCUGCGAGAUCCAGACCGGCUGCCUACGAGAGCCAAUUUGCCAACGGUAACCCGACUGCGAUGGAGACGCAGCAGGGCAUUGUGGAUUUGAAGAUCACAAAAGUAGGCACAUUGUGGCGAAAGUCUGCCAGAAAGAAGAAGGCGAGGAGUCCAUGGCAAGAAUGGGGUGCUAUCCUCACAGGCUCGCAGCUGUACUUGUUCAAGAACUCGCAUUGGGCGAAAGGACUCAUGCAUCAGUUCAUGCAGCAUCAACGACCUGGGCAACCUCGAACACCAGUAGUCUUCAAGCCUCCGCUACAGGACUUCAAGCCGGACGCGCUCAUCAAAACAGACAAUGCAGUUGCGCUUGUGGACUCUACCUACACACGACACAAGAAUGCUUUCACUUUCGUUAGACCAGGCGGCCAGGAAGAGGUCUUGCUGGCCGAUAAUGAGCAUGAACUGACGGAUUGGUUGGGUCUGAUCAACUAUGCAGCCGCAUUUCGUGCAGCCGGUGUCAGGAUUCGAGGCAUGGUAGGCGGAAAUGAAGAGGACUUGCGGAACAAAGACGUUCGACGGUUGGAGUCCACAGCCUCCACCAGGUCGAUUCAGACGCAAACAGGCGAGAUCACAAUACAGAAUCGUGGACUGACUCCACAACUACAGAGACAGGUCAUGGCGGCAAGAAGGCAGAUCAUGGUGCAUAAGAUUGCAGAGAUCGAGAAGGACAUUACAGAUGCUAACAGACAGCUGGAAAACAUGCUCCGGAACGCACGACAUCUGCUGGUACUGGCGCCUCUUGCUCAGAAGACGAGAGAGGACGUCAUCCAUGCGGCAGCCCGAGCGGACGCCAUGAUCAAGUGGCUGAGGCGGGACAUCUGGCGCAUGAAAUGUCAUCGCGACAUUCUGGCCAUGGAUGUCAGGCUGGAUGGACUAAGCGCGAGUGAUUUGGAGAAGCUCGCACAAGAGCAGGCGACGCCGAACGAGCCUGAGUCGGCCAAGAAGGAGAAGCCGAAGGUUCUGUCAAGACUGAGCUCUUCGAAGGCCAAUAUUGUGAAGAGUCCGCCGCAAAGCCCGACGAUCUUCCAAACACCGGGUAGACCUUCCACAGGCGACACGUUCAAAGGCAACGAUGUCUUCCGCACGCCACCUGAGUCUGUCACUCCGCAGAGAGAAGACCCGUUCCGUCUGCCUCCGCUGAGUCUGGACACGAGUGCUCAAAACGAGCAUCGCCCAUCGGUGACGAGCACGCUUUUGUCUGCUUCGCCGCGUGUUGGUGGAGGUAGCUUGACACACUCGUCGUCUGCGUCGAGCAUCCUCCAGGUUCAACGCACUCAUUCGAGCCUCCAACCGGAUAGUACAGUACAGCGACCAGACACUGCAUCCGAGCCUGCUGUUGACGAACGAGAGCUGCGACUACUCGCCACAGCAACCAUGGGCCCUGCGCAGACGGAAAUGACGCCAAGAGCAAUUGAGGGUCCUGCAGGUCCUGCAGCAAACAGGUCGCCCGAGAGCAAGCACAAAGGCGUCAGGCGAAGCUUGCAGAAGACUCUUCGCGAGGCACACGGCCACCAUCACCACAGCACGCACAAGCACCGUCGUAACAAGGACAGUGACAGUACGGUUCGGUCUGGCGGUUUCGAUGAUCGAGACUUGGACGAUGCCACACCUGGCCUUCAACGCGAGAAGCCACGCUUCAUUUUGCAUGGAAAGCAGGCGUCUGUGGUGCAAUUUGGAGGUGACUGGGAAAGGAUGAAGCUCCGGCGAGAACAGUACGGGCAACAGCACCCAUCUUCGCCAUCCCAGGAACAGAGAGAUGCCGCUUACGAGCGUCGCCGAUCUGAGCAGCACGAACUCCUCCGAGCUGGCAUGACAUCUCCAGUGGUGCAGGAAUUCCAACGCCACGGCAGCAUCACCGAAGAUGACGACGAUAUCGCGAGUGUGGUGUCAGAGGGCACGCGCAGCUUUAGGGAAGACGCCGAAGCCGCUGCAGCAUACUCGUCGGCAGCCGAGGGAGGACCUUCGGCAUCGCCCAUGCGAAUGUCCUCCGGAGACGACGACGGCGUGACCACAGAUUCAGAGUAUUUCGAUUUGUCCACCUGGGACCCUGACCAAGGGCGCCGAACCACCAUCAUAGGACCCUCCUCCGAGCCCAUAUUGCAAAAUGCCAGCGCGAAGAACAUGCUGCGACACAGACGCUACAGCAGUCUUGAAAAGGGCGAAGACGGCAACGUCGAGAUUGUCGACCAUGAUGACUCGGACGACGACGAGGCACACAGUCCUACGUCGUCCAAGUCGAAGAGGAGAAGCAAGGCGAAGCGACAAACUGUCAUCGGCCCUACCACCCAGGUCGAGAUUUCCACAGAUGGGUUAUGGAAUGGCGUUAGCGAGAACGGAAAAGGAAAAGGAAGGGAAAAUAUUGCGGCUUCUUCUUCAGCGGAGGCGUCUACUUCUCACCGCGAGAUUCAUUCCAGGGGUUCCGCAUCCGCCGGAGCGGCUUCUUCUUCGGCGGAUGUCGAUGUUGAUGAUGUUGAGGAGGAUGAGAGAGGGUUUGUCAAUCCCAUCUCUGAUGAGGAGUUGAGGUUGAUGAGCGCGAGUUUGAGGGCUGUCAAGACGAGAUAA